CCCCCCUCUUGUUGUCCAACUUCUCUUGGAGCAGGCGGAGAGCGAGCGUUGGGACUCGGCAAAGAGAGGAGCUGGCGCCCGCUCUCGAGGCCGUCGGGGAAGCUGGGAGAUUGUGGGACCGCUCUCCCCCUCCCCUCUAUGUUUGGAGGACCUAGGCGGACUAGCUGGAGGAGAGAAGCUAAGAGUCUCAGGAGUGGGAACCCUGACCCCAACCCCUCUGCAUCCAGCCGGUAGGAGCCCAGCCACCAUGGCAGAAUUACAGGAGGUGCCGAUCACGGAGGAGAAGCCGCUGUUGCCAGGACAGACACCGGAGGCUGCCAAGACUCACUCUGUGGAGACACCUUAUGGCUCUGUCACCUUUACUGUCUAUGGGACCCCCAAACCCAAACGCCCAGCAAUACUCACCUACCAUGAUGUGGGACUCAACUAUAAAUCCUGUUUCCAGCCACUGUUUCAAUUUGGGGACAUGCAGGAAAUUAUUCAAAACUUCGUUCGGGUUCAUGUGGAUGCCCCUGGAAUGGAAGAAGGAGCCCCUGUCUUCCCUGUGGGAUACCAGUACCCAUCUCUGGACCAGCUUGCAGACAUGAUCCCUUGCAUCUUGCAGUACUUGAAUUUUUCUUCAAUAAUUGGAGUUGGUGUUGGAGCUGGAGCCUAUAUCCUGUCGCGAUAUGCUCUUACCCACCCAGACACAGUCGAAGGUCUUGUUCUCGUCAACAUUGAUCCCAAUGCCAAGGGCUGGAUGGAUUGGGCAGCCCACAAGUUAACAGGCCUUACCUCUUCCAUUCCGGAGAUGAUCCUUGGACAUCUUUUUAGCCAGGAAGAGCUGUCUGGAAAUUCUGAGUUGAUACAAAAGUACAGAAAUAUCGUUAUGCAUGCACCCAACCUGGACAACAUUGAACUCUACUGGAACAGCUACAACAACCGCCGAGACCUGAACUUAGAGCGAGGUGGUGACAUCACCUUCAGGUGCCCUGUGAUGCUGGUGGUAGGAGACCAAGCGCCUCAUGAAGAUGCAGUGGUGGAAUGUAACUCAAAACUGGACCCCACCCAGACCUCCUUCCUGAAGAUGGCUGACUCUGGAGGUCAACCCCAAUUAACUCAGCCAGGCAAGCUGACCGAGGCCUUCAAGUACUUCCUGCAAGGCAUGGGCUACAUGGCCUCAUCCUGCAUGACUCGCUUGUCAAGAUCACGCACAGCCUCUCUGACCAGUGCAGCAUCCAUCGAUGGCAACCGGUCCCGCUCCCGCACCCUGUCCCAGGGCAGCGAGUCUGGGACUCUGCCUUCAGGGCCCCCAGGGCACACCAUGGAGGUCUCCUGUUAAAGUGACCCUUGUUGCUCUGGUGUGGGACCCAGCCCUCACCUCCUGCAGCACUAACCUCCGAGGUGCAUAAGGGCUUUGGGUGAGAGUAAGCAGGGAAAAAGGGCAGAUCACAUGAGAAGAUGACCUUGAUCUUUGAUUGCUACCCUAACCUUGACCUUUAACCUGUGAUUUCCCCACUCCUGGGAGAGAUGUCCUAAUGUCUCUUAGGGACCCAGAGCCGUAAAUUAUCCCCUCUUCCAUUUUGACAUUACAGAGAAGGCAUGUACCCGCCCUCCCUGAUCCUGGUGUUGGUGGAUGAAGGAAUAGAGGCUGUUGUGGUUGUCAUGGGGCUCCCAUCAGACUCCCUCUAUCCCAUAUAUGCAAGGGAGGGGCUUGGGGCAAGGGCUCCAUUCACCAAAGCUGAUAUGGCUUCUCUUUAACCCUUUCGGGCCCCUGAGGGAAUGGGCCUAAAUGUAUGUGUGUGUGUGUGGGGGGGGGAGUCUUGGCAGUGGGUUCGUGGUUCUCAUGAUGUGAUAGAAACAUCCAGUGUGUAAAAAGGAAGUUGGAAUGGAAGCUGGUGGGCAGUGAAUGGGUAUGGUGGAAGGACUGGAGCAGGGGCAGUAGGAAGAGGCCUGGGCCAUUUCGCUGCACUAACUUUGGUAGCUGUCAGUCUACUUGUAGAGUGGGAAGGGGGAAGGAGCCAAGCUUGGGCCAGGCUGCUUGGGGCUUGGCAGUAGGGUGGGGAGGCCUACCCUGAGUCUCUGACCGCACUUACACGUGGUAGUGGUUUAUCUCGCACAACUUCGGCUGUGACAAUAAACUGUAGAGGAAUCUGUGUCCCAUUA